AUGGACGCAGGUUCUCAAGCUACUCUGUACGGAAUUCGCGACAAAUACUGGCCCAUUGAUGGUCGACUUGUUACACGUCAAAUUAUUCGACAAUGUAUCACAUGUUUUCGAGCAAAGCCACGCGGUGUUAAUUACAUUAUAGGAAAUCUCCCUGAGAAUCGAUUGUUCUCACCUAGACCAUUUCUUAAUGUCGGGGUCGAUUAUUGUGGACCAUUUUGGAUUAAAGAAAAACGCCAUAGGAACCGCGAUAAAGUAAAAGCUUACGUUUCAAUUUACGUCUGUUUGACAAGUAAAGCCGUUCAUCUUGAGUUAGUUAGCGAUUUAUCAACGGAAGUAUUCAUCGGAAGUUUAAACAGGUUUUUCGCUCGUCGAGGUAAAUCAGUAUCAAUUUCGUCAGAUAACGCCACAAAUUUUGUUGGUGCAAGUACUGAAUUGAAAGAGCUCUAUAAUGCUAUUAAACUCGCACAAAAGGAUUCUACAGUGCAAAACUUCUUAUCACACGAAAAAGUUACUUGGCAAUUUAUCCCCCCUCGGUCACCACAUUUACAACAACAAUUAGAACAAUUAGAAACCUACGUAAUAGAAAUCGAAGCCAUCCUUAACUCUUGUCUUCUUUCACCACUGUCUUCAGAUCCUAAUGAUCUCCUUCCACUGACUCAUGGUCAUCUCUUGAUUGGUAGUCCUUAA